AUGGAACAAAAACAAAAAAAACUUCAACAAUUAAACACACAAAAACAAUUGCCAGGUGCCGAUGUCAAUGUCAAUGUCACAGUCAAUGAUAAGGACAUUGACACUAGGCCACCUUUGCCAAUUGUCUCACAGUCAAGACAACCUCCACUUCCUCCUCCACAACAACAGUCUUUGGCUGCGACUCCGUUACCCCAUCUCCCACAUAGUACGCGCCGACCCAAUUUUAGUGAGCGCGUGUUAACAGCAGUGUUCCAGUCUAUGGCCCAGGAUCUCGAGCGCCGCCGAUUGCGUCGUCUAGACCCCAUUGGAUGGCACCGCGUUCUUGUUGCUGCCAACACCGCGUUGGCUGCUGAAGGCCAAAGUGGUGGUGCAGACGUGCAGUUGGUUAAAAAUAUGUACAACAAUAACAAGCGAACUUAUGCCGACAUUUGCGCAGCAAUUGGAGAGCGACCUGAAUCGUUUGUUUUUUCACGAGGACGCGUCGUGGGCCGCAUGGAAACGGUGGAAAAGUAUCGCCAUGAACACCCUGGAACACGCGCGUUUAAACCGUUUCCAUAUUACGAAUUGUUUCGCCGAAUUGCAAAGUGUGGCCGUGGAAUGUAUUCCAAAAAGGGUGAACCAGGUACUGAAGGUUAUGAUGAAGAAGGAGAUGAAGGGGAUGAAGGGGAUGAAGAAGAGGGUGAAGAAGGUGAAGAAGAAGGUGAAGAAGGAGAAUAUGAAGAGGGUUCAGUAGAAGACAGAGCAAGCCAACAAGCAGAACAACAGCACCAUGAACAAGAAGAUGAAGAUGAAGGGGAAGAAGAUGAUGAAGAAGAAGGAGAGGGAGAAGAAGAUACAAAGACUCAAUUGUUGGCGACACCUAGAUCCAUUGGGUCGCGUGUGAAAAGUCCUUUGAAUAGAAGCCCUGCAGUUUCUCGAGGUUCUAUUGCUGCAAUUAACAAUAACAAUAACAGCAACAGUAAUAAUAACAGUAAUAAUAACGCUAAUAAUGGUAUCAUUAACAAUAACACAAGUAACAUUUCCAGUAAUAACCUUAACCAUAACCAAAAUCAUAAUCUCCUCAACACUAGUAACAAUAGCCACAUUAUAACAGCCACCCCAACACCUCUCACUACAGCUACCACUACGACAGCUACCAUCAACCCUCUUACCACUAUUAAUCCUAUUACUGCUUCCACUACCACAACCACCACAACAGCCACCAUUAGCCAUGCCAAUAAGCUACCUUCAAGAUUAGCAACCCCGGUGACUCCUAAUGUGCGGAAAAUUCAAAAGGUUUCUCUUGCCGAAGCCAUUUGUCACAGCAAAUCUCUUUCAAAAAAUCAAGCUGGGAAUUUGGCUGCUCAUCUUAUUCAUCGUGGUGGAGCAGCAGACCUGCGCGCGUGUUUUAAUCAAGACAUGAAUGUGACACAAGCUCGCAUGGCUGAGGAGUUUUUCGCCUUGUAUGCAACACAUUUGAAUCAAUUAGCAACCGAAACAUCUUCGCCUACAUUACCGUCAUCAAUAUCACAACAAAGACAACAGUCGUCCUCGUCGUCCAAAGGGGAUGGAAAAGUGAAUGAGGGUAGUGUUGCUAAUGUUGCAAAUGCUGCUCAUACUGCAAAUACUGCAAAUGCAUCUAUUAAUCCUGAUGCCACAACUACUUCUUCUACUACAGAUGUGGCGAUUAAUGAGACUGUUGACACUGCCGCGACGGUGGAGACGGCAAAGGCGGCGACAGAACAUUUGUGGCAAUCUACGGAAGAAGAAUUGCCUGCCACAGCAAAUGGUAAAGCAGAUGAUAUCAUAGACGCGUAUGUUGCACGCCAGCUGGACCAGGUGUAUACUGGUGAGCAUAUAGAAGGUGAAGAGGGCGAAGAAGAGGAUGUUGGGGGGAUUGUGCCGGUGGAAGAGGAAGGAGAACAAGAGGAGGUAGGAGGUGAAAGAGGCGGAGGAGGAGGCAGUGAAGAGGCAGGAGCAGAGGCAGGAGCAGGGGCAGGAGCAGAAGCUGAAGCAGAAGCUGGAGAAGAUGAAGUGGCCGAGGAAGAGGAAGGAGAGGAAGAAGAAGAGGAAGAAGGACAUGUUCAUGACCAAGAUACUGAUGCUGAUUUGGAGCAUAAGGUUAAGCGACGGCGCUGGUCUCCUACAGAAGCUGCAGCUGAAUGA